AUGAUUAACAAUUCAUGGGCUGAAUAUGUAUUCAUACGAAUUUGUAUUUUUGCACUCCAGAGUAUACCACUUGUUAGCUUAGCAUAUUGUUUUAGUCUUGGUUUCACUACUCUCUUUCCGGAUUAUCAUCUUUAUAGAGUCCGUCGCGGAUUAGAAGUUGUGUUUUUGACCGAAUCUUUCUUCUUCCUCUUUUGCUUCCUACCAUAUCGCAUUUGGCUCCAACGGGAAGCUGUACAUCCACCAGCACCUUCGCGAGAAGAGAGAGCGGCAUUAUUCCAGAAGUGUUCAGAUAAUAUUACGGAUCCGGAGGCGUAUCUGCAGAAAUGGUUCUUGGGCGCGGAUAUUAGAGAGAUUCGGAGGGAGAAUGUCAAGGAGUUUUUUCUUUGGGCUUUUUUUAAUCGGGAUGGUCCGCCGGGUGAUGAUGAGGAGGAGUUGGAGGAGUAUAUUGGGAUUUUGGAGAGGCAGAUGGGGAGGGAGAUUCCGGAUGGGAGGGGUAAUGCUAGAUGUUUGAGGUUGACUUUGGAUGAGGUUGUUAUGUCGCAUAGGAGUUUGAUCUGGUAUUGUCAUAUAUCUUAUUGGCACCGACCACAUACUUCAAAAACCAAACUUCCAGUUGUUUUUAUUCAUGGAAUCGGCAUUGGUCUCUAUCCUUAUACCAAAUUCCUCGACGAACUCAAUUCUUCCACUGGCACACCGGAUGAUCACAUUGGCAUUCUUGCCCUCGAAAUAAUGAACAUUAGUUUUCGCCUCACACAUUCAGCUCUUUCUCGUGAAGAAACCGCUCUCGAGAUCUUCCAAAUUAUAGGUCAACAUUUUGGACCAAAUCAAAAAUUCGUCCUAGUCUCCCACUCAUACGGUACAGUAGUGACAACUCACCUCCUACAGUCACCUGUUCUAUCCCCGCACAUCGGACCAAUUGUUCUCAUCGAUCCUGUCUCUAUUUGUCUACAUUUACCUUCUGUCGCGUUUAAUUUUACACGUCGAAUCCCUAGAGAUGCAAAUGAAUACCAAUUAUACUAUUUUGCGAGUAUGGAUCCAGGGGUCAGUCAUACGUUGAGUAGAAAGUUUUUCUGGAAUGAGAAUGUGUUAUGGAAAGAGGAUUUUGAGGGAAGGAAGGUCACAGCAAGUUUAGCGGGAAGAGAUUUGAUUGUGGAUACGGAGGCUGUAGGGAGGUAUUUGUGCUGUGGGAGUUUGUCCGGGAAAUCGACUCCUAGUUUGAGGGCUGGUAAUGGAAAUGUGAAUGGGAUUGUGAAGGGUACUUCAAAUUUGAACACUGCGCCAUUGAUUGAAAUCGAUGAGUCGGAAGUCAGCGGGGAGGAAAGAAUUGCGGGUGUAAAUGUGAUUGGUUCGGAAGACAACCAAGGGGUUCAUGAUGAAGUAGAUAUGGUAGAUGAUGAGGAGUGGAAGUAUCGGGAUUGGAAGGGAGUAGGGACGGAGGUUUUAUGGUUUGGGACGUUGGAUCAUGCGCAGGUUUUUGAUAAGAUGGGGACGAGGAAGAGAAUUAUUGAUGUUGUGAGGAGGUAUUGUGAGGAUGGUUAG